GAUAGAUCUCUUAAUUAUUUUUAUUUCUAGCAAGAUACUGAACCUUGCAAGUUGUAUCGCAGUAGCUGUGAAUCAUAAAUGAAGUUUGAGUUGCUGAGCUUACAGAAAUAUCUUCUUCAGAUCAAUCUAAGUUCUUGAUUUUUGCCUAGGUCCACCCCAUCCUUCUAUGCGCGUACAAUCAAUACUGAUGAAAAGUUUGAAGUAGUCAAAUCAGGCAACCUUGGUUUUCUGUAUUCCCCAUGCCAAAUGACUUCUGUAAGAAAGUUUCCAUCGAAUAGGUACUGAUGGCAAGAAAAGGACCACGCAGAUAUUUGAGUUGCGGUCGCUCAGUAGUUUUGAUUUGUACAAACGAAGCAAAAAAGCGUUUCUGCUAUGGCUAUUUAAGCAUUCCCCUUGCUGUUCGCCAAGUUUCCAUUUUUCAUCUUACAUUUUCUGUAAACUGCAAAAAAAAUUACAGCCCCAUGACGGGAAUUCCAAGAUAUUCAAGUGGGAAAUAUUUAUUUUACUUGAUUUGUCUCUGCUGUUUGGUCUCCCAUCACUCCCAGAUUGCAGCAUUGCAAGAGACACUGAAUCCAGGAGGAAUGCUCAAUUCGUCUUCUCAAUUGGUCUCUGCCUAGGGGAAUUUCUCCUUAGGCUUCUACACACCGGACGACAACAACACUUACUUAGCAGUGCAGUACACCACUGAUACUUCCUAUCCAGUGUGGAUUGGCAACAGGGAAAGCCCAAUUCCCAAUAAUUCGAAUCCUGUUCUCAGUAUAGACAGCAGCGGGAAGCUGAUUAUAAGGCAUGGAAGAGGAGAACAGAUCGAGAUAUAUUCUGGCGGGUCAAGCAAGAAUGUGUCAGCCACUUUGUUGAAUACAGGGAAUUUAGUUAUGAAAGACAUGGAUUCGAAUGGUGAGAUCUUGUGGCAGAGUUUUGAUUAUCCUACUGAUACACUUGUUCCAGGUACGAAAUUGGGUGUCAACCAUAAGACUCGAAGAAAUUGGACUCUUACUUCAUGGCUGGGACCGAGUAAUCCAGCUCCUGGAGCUUUUACAUUGGAGUGGGAUCCAAGUUCAGGCAGACUGUUAAUCAAACGGCGCCGGAUGCUCUAUUGGACAAGCGGUAGGAUGAAGGACUACAAUUAUCAAACUCCAAUGACUAACAACAUUUGGAGAGUCAAGGAGUUUGAGAAUUUAAAUUUCUGGCCUGGGGCGAUUAACUUCAACUAUAACUUAACCAAUGUCACUAGCCAUGGCGAGGAAUACUUCACCUAUUCACUAAUUCAAGUUCCAGAGCAGCUGGAUGAAGAGACAAACCGGAUCUCAGGUUGGAGGUUGAACUCCGAUGGGGACAUAUUCGAAAUUGAGUCUAAAACCAGAUCUUUCAGUUUAGUACUGGCUAGUGAUUGUUAUGGUUAUAAUAAUCAGGGAAAUGAUAGAGGCUGUGAGCUGUGGGAUCAGCCUAUGUGUAGGAAUAAUCGUCAAACAUUUACCUUAAGAUCAGGGUAUUUUCUUUCACUAAUGUCUACAUAUGAUGACAAUUCAAGCCUUAGUUUGAGUGACUGUAGGGAUAUUUGUUGGAAGGAUUGUGAAUGUGCUGCCUAUGGUGAAGUGAAUGUUGGUUGUCUUUACUGGAAAGGCAAAAGUUUGGAGUUUGAGCAAAGUCUUGAUGGUUCUGCAGAGAAGAAAUAUGUUCUGAGUUCUCCAUCUUCAAAAGGAUUGAAGAAACAUAUAGUGAUUAUUGUCGUUGUAGUAAGUAUUACUGUAGCAUUGCUUUUGCUCGGGAUUGGUUUGUUCAUCGUGCAAAAAAAAGAUAAAAGAGAAAAGGAAGGAAGAGUUACAUGAGCUUCUGACACUAGAUGGAUAUACAGAAAAUUAUGAGCUUAAAAAUGGAGCAGCCAACAAUCAUGAUCUUCGACUGUUCACUUAUGCAUCGAUCCAAUCUGCUACCAGAAAC